AUGCCCCCACUGGCCGGCAGCCACCUGGCCCGUCAGGCGCCCAGCAGAGGGAGGCCAGAGCCGGCGUCACACCCCCUCACUAACCCGCUGCGGGCCAGGCCCCGGCCUCCUCCGCCUGCUGUGCUGGGCGAGGUUUUCCAGAGAGGUGUUUGCGAACUGCUUCUGGGCCCACUGGCCACCCAACAGCCUGGCAGGCCGGCCACGUCGCCGCAGCCAGUGAAGGACACGCCACCACCCCUGGGGCCCGAGGGCGUCCACACACAGGACAGCACAGCGACUGGAAAAUCGCAUCUAUGCCUCCUCUUCGCCUCUGGACACAGGCCAGAGGUUCAGCCCGUCCUCCUUCCAGAGUGCAGCCAGGCCUCCGUCAGCAUCGCCGACACAUCCUUCUCCCUCCAAAUCUCAGAAGACUCAGAAAGUGGCGUUUACAUGCGAUUCAUGAGGUCACACAAGUGUUACGACAUCGUUCCAACCAGCUCCAAGCUUGUCGUCUUUGAUACCACAUUACAAGUGAGUGAGCCCCGUUUCCCUGAGGUGGCAGGAGGGGUGGCUGCAGCUCCUCUUUUCUCCGGAAAAAAAUAGUCCUUUGAUGGAAUGCUGACAAUUACAGAUUUCAUUAAUAUACUACAUAGAUACUAUAAAUCACCCAUGGUACAGAUUUAUGAAUUAGAGGAACAUAAGAUUGAAACAUGGAGGGAGCUUUAUUUACAAGAAACAUUUAAACCUUUAGUGAAUAUAUCUCCAGAUGCAAGCCUCUUCGAUGCUGUGCACUCGUUGAUCAAAAAUAAAAUCCACAGAUUGCCAGUUAUUGACCCCAUCAGUGGGAAUGCACUUUAUAUACUUACCCACAAAAGAAUCCUCAAGUUCCUCCAGCUUUUUAUGUCUGAUAUGCCAAAGCCUGCCUUCAUGAAGCAGAACCUGGACGCACUUGGAAUCGGGACCUACCAUAACAUCGCCUUCAUACACCCGGACACUCCCAUCAUUAAAGCCUUGAACGUUUUCGUGGAAAGACGAGUGUCGGCCUUGCCCGUGGUGGACGAGUCAGGAAAAGUUGUAGAUAUUUAUUCCAAAUUUGAUGUAAUUAACCUUGCUGCUGAAAAAACGUACAACAAUCUAGACAUCACAGUGACCCAGGCCCUACAGCAUCGGUCGCAGUAUUUCGAGGGUGUAGUGAAGUGCAGUAAGCUGGAGAUACUGGAGACCAUCGUGGACAGAAUCGUGAGAGCAGAGGUCCAUCGGCUGGUGGUCGUCAAUGAAGCCGAUAGUAUUGUGGGAAUUAUUUCCCUGUCCGAUAUCCUGCAGGCCCUGAUACUCACCCCCGCAGGUGCCAAACAGAAGGAAACGGAAGCCGAGUGACCCCCGUGAGCGGAGGAGCCCUCGCAGGAGAACUUGAACAAAGAUGCUGGGUCACGCUUUGCCUCAUGAACACGGACCGCGAUGAACACAGCAAAAAUGGCUGAGAACGUGUGGUAUCAGGGUUUAUCGAUGGGUUUUUUUUUUUCCCAGUGAUUUUGACACGAAGCAUAAAAAGAGAAAGCUUGUAUGUGUUUGAAGAUUUCAAGCUUGCAUUAAAAGACUGUUCUCAGACCAUCGUCUGAAAGAUUUCAAAUGCUGUAUGUCAUUAAAGUGCACUGUGUCCUGCGUUUUUAUUCUUUUUCAUGUUAAAGAAGUCACUGGUAUCUUAACAGGCAGCAUGACAUAAGGCGAGUGUGUGGCCUAUUGAGAACUAGUGCCUUAUGUCGGAACAGCAGCCCAUCAUCCCCGCUGCCCGCAGCGGCCGGAACAUGUCCUGGCGAAGCGGCACUGCUGCAGUGUGAACGUCUCUGAACCUGUACCAAAUCAGUUUGUCUUCAUUCAAUUUGUUGACUAGCUGUAAUCUGAAUAUAAAUAAUUUACUUUAUAUAAAAUUUUAAUGAUGGUCUUACGUUUAAGUGUUCCGUUCUGAACCAUAGUGUAAAACAAGGCUGACUUACAGCAGCUUUAUUUAUUUUUUACUUCCAUGCAAUUUUUUUACACAUCUUUUUGGUGGGUAAACUUCACCAUACCCAUGAAUAAACCAUUGGUUGCUACUUUGAAAGGGCAGAUUUCUCGUCAUUUCAGUUCAGACCUGGAAAGGAUAAGACUUCUCAAAGAGCCAGUGUUGGGUUUUAAAAGCUGACAUUUCUAACAGCAUGUGUGGGAACCUGCUCUGCAGGGCUGCAAACAAAGUGCCCGGAAGAUGUCUAUUUUUUUUUUCUUGUGUUUUGACAUGAAAAUCAUGAUGUCUGUAUGACUGCUGAUGGAAUUGUUUUGUAAAUUUUACUGUGGCAUAUACAGUAUUGUCAUAUGGUUGAGGAGAAACACAAUGUUUCCUAGUGUAAGUGCUCUGAAAAUGUUGACACUGUGUGUGUGUGUGUGUGUGUGUGUGUGUGUAUACACACACGGGUAUAGUUUGGUUUUUUGUUUUUGGGUUUGUUUUUUUUUUUGCAGAUUGAAAACUUAAAAUAAAUCUUACUAUCUGCCGUCUUGUUAAA